UUUCGCAUGGCGGACGUACGAGUGAACUCUGUUAUUUGUUGGUGAUAAUUUCAAUUACUAUCUCGUCGUGAUUCCUUAUGGAAAGACUAAUUCUAAUGUUACUUUUCCUUUGUGGUCGUGCGUUGUUCAUCCCUUAAUGGUAGAUGAUGAUAUAGUGUUAUUUGUUGUUGCAUCAGUGAGAACUGCAUAGUUUUUCUCAAAAAUGGGAAAAUGUGACGAAGCUAACGUCGAAGUUAGUAUGGGGGACUCGGCGUCCCCCAUGAAACCUGAUAAUUUCACGUUCACGGUGCCCCCUGAGGCGCCCGUGUUCGAGCCCACGCCGGAAGAGUUCCUGGAUCCUCUCGCCUAUAUCAGCAAAAUAAGGCCAAUAGCCGAGAAGUCAGGAAUUUGCAAGAUCAAGCCCCCCGCACACUGGCAACCCCCGUUUGCUGUGGACGUGGACCGGCUGCGCUUCACACCCCGAAUACAGCGAUUAAAUGAGCUUGAGGCCAUAACCCGCGUGAAACUCAACUUCCUGGACCAGAUCAUUAAAUUCUGGGAGCUGCAAGGCUCCGUGCUCAAGAUACCCACUGUCGAGAGGAAGCCUCUAGACCUGUACGCCCUCCACAAGAUUGUCAAGGAGGCUGGUGGUUUCGAAGUAUGCUCAGCGGAGCGCAAGUGGUCGAAGAUCGCGCGCCGCAUGGGCCACCCCCAAGGCAAGGGUAUCGGCUCCAUUCUGAAGAGUCACUAUGAGCGUAUUCUGUACCCUUACGACGUGUUUAAGAGCAGUGGCGUCGUUGAUAACAAGGAGACGAAAAUCGAAGUCAAGACAGAAGCGGCGACACCAGAGAAGGCGGCGACCCGCAGCCGAUCAUCCAGCAAGUGUCCCCCGGCGGCGACUCCGCCCCCUGCGCGGCGAUUCCGCGCGGAGCCCGAGCCCGCGGCUGAAGGCAGCCAUGCUGAGGGCGCUCUCGCUCAUAAUGCCGACGACGCUGCUACUGAAGAACGUGGACAACGCGCGGCUGCGACUCCGCCCCCCGGCACCAACGGAGCCCGCGGCAAGACUCCCGUCAAAAUCAAGGACGAGAGCUCGGAGACUCGACGCAGUCCUAGAGAAAACAAAUGGAUGUCAGCGGCCGCGAGCUGCGGGUCGCGCGCGCGAGUCACGCGCUCCACGCGCCUGCGCGAGCAUCGCAUGUCCAACAUGACCGUGUCUGUCACUCCGGCGCCACACGCCACUGGCACGCAUAACCCGGAGGAUCCGUAUCCUAAAGGAGAAUCGGCAAAACCCAAAGCUGUAACCGAUAAUCAGCUGGCGAAGUACAUGUGUCGGGUGUGCGGCCGUGGCGACAUAGAGGAGCAGAUGCUGCUCUGUGACGGCUGCGAUGACAGCUACCAUACAUUCUGUCUGGUCCCCCCGCUGGCUGACGUGCCCAAAGGAGACUGGCGGUGCCCAGUGUGCUUGGCUGAAGAGGUAUCAAAACCAGCAGAGGCGUUUGGCUUCGAGCAGGCGUCGCGCGAGUACACACUCCAGCAGUUCGGGGAGAUGGCCGACCAAUUCAAGUCUGAUUACUUCAAUAUGCCAGUACAUAUGGUGCCAACGUCGACAGUGGAGAAGGAGUUUUGGCGCGUGGUGUCUUCAAUCGACGAGGAUGUCACGGUGGAGUACGGAGCUGAUCUCCACUCCAUGGACCAUGGGUCUGGCUUCCCAACAAAGUCGAGCGCCCACUUAUACCCGGGCGAGCAACAGUAUGCUGAGUCUAGCUGGAAUUUGAACAACUUACCCGUCUUAGAGGGCUCCGUGUUGGGGCAUAUUAACGCCGACAUAUCUGGAAUGAAGAUCCCAUGGCUGUACGUGGGUAUGUGCUUCGCGACGUUCUGUUGGCACAACGAGGACCACUGGAGCUACUCCAUCAACUAUCUCCACUGGGGCGAGCCCAAGACAUGGUACGGCGUCCCAGGGUCGAAAGCGGAGCAGUUCGAGGCUGCCAUGAAGGCGGAGGCCCCCGAGCUGUUCCACCUCCAACCGGACUUGCUCCACCAGCUCGUCACCAUCAUGAAUCCCAACAUACUGAUGAAGGCUGGCGUUCCUGUCUAUAGAAUGGACCAGCACGCCGGUGAGUUCGUGAUCACAUUCCCGCGCGCGUACCACGCCGGGUUCAACCAGGGGUACAACUUUGCAGAGGCUGUGAACUUCACGCCCGCUGAUUGGCUCAAGAUGGGCCGUGAAUGCAUCCAUCACUACUCUACGUUGCGGCGCUACUGCGUGUUCUCGCACGACGAGCUGGUGUGCAAGAUGGCGCUGGAGGCGGACUCGCUCAGCCUCACGGUGGCGCUUGCCGCCUACCGGGACAUGCGCAGCAUGCUCCACGACGAGAGGAAGCUGAGGAAGUGCCUGCUUGACUGGGGUGUAACGGAAGCCGAACGCGAAGCCUUCGAGCUGCUACCUGACGACGAGCGCCAGUGCCACCUGUGCAAGACCACGUGCUUCCUAUCCUGCGUUACCUGCAGCUGCAUGCCGCACGUGGCCUGCCUGCGACACUUCAUGCAGCUCUGCACCUGUCCUGCACAGAGGCACAAGCUCAGAUACCGUUACACUCUUGACGAGCUUCCAACUAUGCUGGAAAAACUGAAGAUGAAGUCGGACCUGUUCCGGGAGUGGGCGGAGGCUGUCCAGAAUGCUUUGGACCCGGACACGCCCAAGACUUGCGACUUGGACGGGCUGAGAGCCCAUUGGAAGAGGGCGCAUGAUCUCAAGAUGCACAAAACGGAACUGGUCCGUGCGCUGGAGACAGCGAUAGAGGACGCGGAGAAGUGCCUGUCGGUGAUCCAGCAGCUGGACCUCAACAAAAUGCGCACACGCACGCGCCACCACGACCCCAAGUACCGCCUCACCAUACACGAGCUCACGCUCUUCGCGCAGGAGAUCGAUGGAUUGGCUUGCGUGCUGCCUGAAGGAUCAGCAGUGAAGGAAGUACUCCGGCAGACAGCGGAGUUUGAAGCUAAAGCAGCAGAUAUGCUGAAUAAAGACCUGGACGAGACGGACCCCGCUACUGUUAGAGAGCUUGAAGAGGUGGUAGAACUGGGGUCGCAGCUCUGCAUAGUUCUCCCUCAGCUACCGCCUUUGCAAGCGCGUCUCCAACAAGUGAAGUUUCUAGAAGAAGUGCGCACUUACAAGGAGGAGUGCUCCACGCUCACCCCAGAGGUGAUACAGCGCUUGUUGCACGACGCCGAGAAUGUACUCCCGCACCAUAAGGUGGAAACCGAGAGGGCCGCGCUCACACAGCUGAAAGCCCAAGUCGAAGAAUGGGAGACUCGCGCCAAAGCAGUGCUAAUCGACACGUCGAAGCCGUCGCGUGACAACGACGACGUGGAGCCUCAGUACAGCACGUUGGCCGAGUUGGACGCGUUAUUGGCCGAGGGAGAGGAUAUAGACGCCGCCCUGCCAUCCUACCAUACUCUGCACACUGCCGUCAGCCAUGCCAGGGAUUGGCUGGCUAAGGUGGAAGAAAUGCAGUCAAAGGACCUGUAUCCCUACAUGCAUAGUGUAGAGGCGCUUGUACGGCGCGCGCAGCAGAUACCACUCGCGUUGUAUGAGAAAGAGCAACUUGCUGCGGCGCUGCGCUCCGCCAAGGACUGGAAGCGAGGCGCCGCUGAUAUGUUCCUUAAGAAGAACUGGCCGUACUCCCUCCUCGAGGCGCUGUCCCCCCGCACCGAGUGCGGGCCGGGCCGCCGCCGCACCCGCGGCCCUCCAUCCACGGAGCCUCCGCCCUCCUCACUGGAGGCUGGCUUGUUUCUGAGGAACUUCAGCGAAGACUCCACGCCUACUGAGAUAGUCGCCGCCUUUAAGCAGGCUGAGGGGCGCGAGUUGCAAGCUUUGAAGGAGAUUCGUUCCCGCAACAUGCGCAAAGAGGUGCGCGCGCCGGCGUCUGCCAACGUGACGUUCUGCGUGUGCCAGAAGCGGCAGUAUGGCGUCAUGACGCAAUGUGAGCUGUGCAAGGAUUGGUUCCACGCAAACUGCAUAGCAGCAUCCAAGGAGGAGCGAGAGGAAUCCCCGGACAGGGUUGAACUCCCCUUCCCAGUACCCGAGCCGAAAUUCCUCUGCCCGGACUGUACCAGGACAAAACGACCAAGAUUAGACCGCAUACUGGCGCUGCUGGUGUGGCUGCAGAAGCUGCCGGUGCGGCUGGCGGAGGGCGAGGCGCUGCAGUGCGUGACGGAGCGCGCCAUGGCGUGGCAGGACGCGGCGCGCGCGCUGCUGGCCGGGCCCGCGCUGGCCGCGCUGCCGCAGCCGCGCCGCCCACACGCUCAGGCCAGUCGAGAAAAGUCAGACAAGCUCAACGCAGAACUGAAAAAAGCUACGGGAAGGGUCCACGACUCACACUUGUCACAAAACUCUAGGUCUUCAGCGAGUGUGGAGCACGCAUACAGCGCGACACCCCGGUCUCCCGGCACGAGGGUAGCGCCUGGCCUCUUACUGAAACUGGAAGACCUCAUGAUGGAAGGAGAUUUAUUAGAGGUGCGGCUGGAGGAGCAGGCGCAGGUGUGGAGCGCCGUGGUGGCGGCGCGCGCGGCGGACGGGCGCGGCGCGCCGCGCGUGCUGGACGCCGGGCGCCGCAAGCGCGCGCAGCGCCCGCCGCGCCCGCACCGACAGCUCAAGCGCACGCGCGCGCUGCACGCGACGGCAGCACCGAAGACGACAGUUAAACGAGGCUCAGCGACCACCACCAACUAUCUAAACAGGAAACAGCAGGGUGUGUCUUCGGGGUCGGGGCUGAUGAUGCGCAAGCACUACAUGGCGCGGCAGGAGCGCCGCAAGCGGGGGUUGGCGGCGCGGCAGCCCGCCAGACAUCCCAGGAUGGCGAACCAAGGCCGCGGCGCGAGCACGGCAGCUGGUACGAGGCGCGCGGAGGCGGCGCGGGCGAGCUCCUCGUCAGCUUCCUCCGCCGAGGAAGACGAGGACUGCGCCGCCGCCGACUGCCUGCGGCCCACGGGCAAGGAAGUAGACUGGGUGCAGUGCGACGGUGGCUGCGACCAGUGGUUCCACAUGCACUGCGUGGGCCUCGCCCGCGGGUCCCUCGGCGAGGACGACGACUACGUGUGCGGCGCGUGCGCAGACAAGCGCGCACAAGCGCGGACCGAUAAGUAAAACGCCUGUAUGACGUGUAGAUAACGUAAUGUAACGUGUGAGAGGAGGUGUAGUGUAAAUUUUGUUUGUAUUGGAAAGCCUGGCCGGGUAUAUAAAGACAGUUCGAGUAAAUUAAUGGUUUGGUACACUCGGCGGGCUUAGCACCGUAAGCGCGCGACUCAUUCUCGCCCCGACAUACGUCACCCGUCACUCUCUCACAGUACUGCACAGAAAGAGACAGAUGAUCUCUGUCGCGGCGAGAAAGAGUCUCGUGCUUACGGUGCUAAGCCCGCUGAUGACGAAAAAGGGGGGAUGAAAAGGACACAUGGAAGCUAACUUUUAUAUGCGAAAAUGACAAAUUGCUUCGAUCUGGCCUUUUUAAUUUUGAUUUGAUUUUGGGCUAACAUGCGCGUGUUAAAAUUUUGUCACAGUCAUCUUAUCGAUUCUGACGAUAUAAUCAUGUCGUUUUGUCGAUUGGUGAUAAUAUGUGAACCCAAAUAAGUCGUGUCGUUCUGUUAAAAUAGGAACAAAAGCUUAAUUUAACGCUCUUUAAGGUGUAGCAUUCACCAUUCUUGUCUAUCAAAGGUCAAUUCUUUCACUUCCUUAUAAGACACGACGUUCACAUUAUCUUUAAUCUGGCACGCAUGUUAGGGAAAGAAAAAAAAACCUUAUCGAUUUCGACAAAAUGUAUUGAAUCGAUCGAUAAUUUUACCACGUCGCGCAUGUUAGCCCAACUGGUUUGUCUAUUAUAACCAUGGAAACCAUCUGGAGAUUUUAAUAGGACGAAAUUGAAAAGCGAAAGUUUUUAUAUAUUUGGUCCGGUUUUAACUAUGUUAAAUUUACCCGGAUUUGACUUGUUGAUGCGUGGAAUAAAAUAAAAGGGUUUUUGCGAGCAAGAGAGGGCAUUCAUUUGUACAAUUGAAUAUUUUUGUCACUUUUCAUAAAGAAUUGUGUCUUAAAAAUGUCAAACGACGUCCGAGCGCGUAUUUAAACGUUUUUAAAACUACUCUUGACACUUUUCUUUUACUCCAAGCAUUAAUUGUAUUAGGCCUCUAUCGUAUUAUUUAAGUUAUAUAAAAAUAUUUGAAAUUAAAUCUAAUUUUAUAAAUGCGACUUUGAUUCUGACUAACAGUUUUGAAAAUGUAUUAUUUUAUACUAAAAUUAAACCUAAAUGCAAAAUUUGACAAGAUGAUAUGUUGUAUUAAGUUCACGUAGAGGCUAAUAAAUAAAAUAGGAGUUUCUAAAAUGGAUUUUGAAUGCGAUAGUGAUUUUAUAUGUUAUCUUGACGUGGCUUGAAAUUAACUUGUGAUAUAGUAAUCUUACAAACGCACGUACAGUCAUAAGCAAUAUCAUGUACCCACUUUAGAACCCUGUCGCACUAUCAUGUUUGACAUUUAAUUAGACUUACGGAUUAAUUUGUCAAAAAAGUUAAUGUGACAUGGUUUCACAGUGUAUACAUAUUAGUACUCGUGCACUGUUUUGCCUUCAAAAAGAAAUGUGGGACUUUCCAGGCUAUGUUCCUCAAACACAAUAUAGAUGGCGCUGUAUGAUACAUACAUACAUACAUAAACUCACACCUAUUUCCCACCGGGGUAAGCAGAGACUAUAGAAUUCCAUUUGCUUCGAUCCUGACACACUUCUCUUGCUUCCUCCACAUUCAUCAAUCGCUUCAUACACGCACGCCGGUUCAGAGUAGAUCGUAUUGAACCUUUUCUAAGGACAUCUCCAAUUUGAUAAGGUGCAAAAAUCCAAUCAGUUUCUUGCAAAGUAAUAAAUUAACUGGUUGCACUUAUGACCUCCUGCGGACUUAGCACCGUAAGCGCGCGACUCUUUCUCGCCUCGACAUACGUCACCCGUCACUCUCUCACAGUACUGCACAGAAAGAGACAGAUGAUCUCUGUCGCGGCGAGAAAGAGUCGCGUGCUUACGGUGUUAACCCGCUGGUUACAUGUCUUUUCUGUAAACGACUAACAUUACCUACAAAAGCAUAAAUUUUAUAAUUAUGACAACUAAUGGUUCAUAAUUUCACCACUGUUUAUAAAUAAUUCGAUGGGCUCAGUUAUACACUUUUGCUCUUUGAUUGUACAUAUUUUUCUUCGUGUAACUUUCUAUUACAACAGACAUAUGCAUCUUUCAUCUUCGUUUUUGGGUAUAAAUGAUGACCCUUUUUACCCACCCAAGCACAGUUACAUCCUCCACGCAUUAUUAUUCUGAUCCAAAUAUCAAGCAACAAUUAUUUUUAUAUAUGCUUCUGCCACGUACGUAAACAGCCUAUAUACGUCCCACUGCUGGGCACAGGCCUCCCCUCAAUCAACCGGAGGGGGUAUGGAGCAUACUUCACCACGCUGCUCCACUGCGGGUUGGUGAAGUUGUUUUUACGGCUAAUAGCCGGGACCAACAGCUUAACGUGCCCUCCGAAGCACGGAACCAUCUUACUUUUUCAGACAAUCAGGUGAUUCAAGCCUGAAAAGUCCAUACCAAACGAAGGACAGUCUCACAAAGUGAUUUCGACCAUGUCCCCGUCGGGAAUCGAACCCGGACCUCCGGAUCGUGAGCCUGACGCUCUAACCACUAGACCACGGAGGCUGUUGCUUCUGCCAUUACAUUGUUUUAAGGAAUAAUUACCCGAGUAAUGAGAAAAUAGGUAAUUAUCACUUUAAAGCUGUACAACGCCAUCUAUAUUGUUUUUGGUGAACUUAGAUUGGAAAGUCUCUCAUUAAAGAGGCACAGAAAUGUCAAGGUAAAUAGAAUCAUUAAAAACACCCACUGUAUAUUGAUACGAAGUUAUGAUCGGAAAUAAACAUGGAAGCGUUCUGGUGGCUCAAAAAUGACGCAACGAAAAUCUAACCGCGGGGGGGCGGGGACUCAAAAUCAUACUGUCAGUAUACACACACACACACAUAAACUCACGCCCGUUAUCCCUAAUGGGGUGGGCAGAGCCACAAGUAAUCAAAGACAACUUGCAGCCACUGUUGAUACGAUGUCGUAAGCUGGAUAUGAUGAACCUUAUGGUGAUAAGGGAUCAGCCUAUCGCCCUGUUACUGUCAGUAUAAUAAGCAUUAAUAUGCCACUAUAAUUAUAUGCCAGGGUUGAUGGGGUUAGUAAUCCACCUCACAACCCACACGAUAGAAGUAGAUAUGCCACUAUGGGUUGUAUUGCUGUGGUGCAAAAGUAUAAAUCGGCGUGCGCCUUUUGUCACUUUUUGAUCAACUUAUUUACGAAACGGCGUAAGUGGCUAAGCACAGACAAAUAGCAUUAACGUGGUUUUUGAACAUUAGGCCGGGUUUCCGACUGACGCGGAGAUGGGCGGAUUUGACCAAUCACAGCGUUCGAGAGAGCGAAAAACGAAGACGCUCUGUCCCUCUCUCCCUCACGGUGAUUGGUCCAUUCCUGCACAUCUCCGCUCCUCUUCGCACAGCUCCGCUUCAAUGGAAACGCAGCCUUAUUUUGCUACUGUGAGUGUGUUUUGUUUUGUGUGAGUUUCGCCCUCAAUGACCAACUGCACGAGUAUGGCGAGACUGCUACCAUGUUUGUUACCGUUCAAAGAUAUAAACGACUUUUUACAGGAGUGACGUAGCUAAUAAAUAGCUUUUUUAACCGAUUCGGAACAAAUAAGUAUAUGAAGGAAUAGACAAUAUUAAAAUUGGACACAAGUACCGAGAUCCAGGGGUAGAAUUUUGAAGUAUUUUGAUUGGUAGAAAAGAUAAUUUUGAUAUCAUAUUUCGACCAAUAGCGUGCCUCCAAAUUUGCUUAGUCGGUAGUAAUUGGUUGAAGCACAAUAUCAAUAGACAAAGAUUCUAUACGAAGUCUGAUCUCCAAACAAUGAAACGCGUAAGCGACGAGAUAGAACCUUCUCGCUUUCACAGCUGUGUGGUUCUCAAAUAGGAUUUUGUCAAAAGUAAAUUGGGAUGUAUUCAGGAAGUCACAGAGUUCUAAGUCCAAUACGGACGUAAAUUAUAGAAACAUUGGAACGCAACUCAGGUCACUGUUCGUGUAACUGAACGCUUUCGAACUUAAUUUGACUAUUAAUAAAGAUUAAAGUCAAAGGCACCUUGUCCCAUUGCCAAUAAGAGCACGAAUAAUAUACAACUGCAAAUUAUUCGCCCACUGUUCAUUUAAAGAGAUAACAUAGCACAUAACAUAAAAUACAAGACUGUGCUCUAUGGGAAUGAUAAUAAAGUUCACCACGAAGUGAAAUGCUUGUGGUAACAGCUGAACUAUUCUACCAGUGGUGGUAGGUCCCGCGAAGGGCCGGCUGGUUUAUUAUCACCCUCAAACGUGAAACGAUCGCCUCUCAAUAGUCUACUCGAUAACCUAGUCAAAUGAGAAACGUCAAACGAAAGUUUUCUUGAGAGUUUGUAUGGAAUUACUGUCCUGUGACGUGGUCAAUAAAAGCGGUCAAACGUCGUACUCAUUGUAACUUAAUUCGUAAAUAAAAUUCGGAAGUCGAAACUAAAAUGAAAUUGGUUUUUGAUCGUCUUAGACUGGCGUCUAUUUCUAGAUUAGCAUUUUAUAAUUCAUCUUUGACACAGUCAAAUACAGGGUAUUUGACCUGGGACGGUUCCAAGGGUUAAAAAGGCCACAUCUAAGCAAUUCAUCUAAACAGCAACAUUGCUAUUUGACAUUUGUUUGCAUUGCGCACUUUUAAAUGUCGAAUUCCCAUAUUGGUUUUUUUAAGAUGAAUUGCUUCGAUGUGGCCUUUUUAAACAUUGAAACCGACCCGGGAAUAGGGUAUUUGACUGUGUCAAAGAUAAAUAAUAACAUGCUAAUCUAGAAAUCUCUAGGCCUCAGUCAGGGCGGGGUCAGAAUGGUUGCUCAAGGGUUAAUGGACGGGUGCCAAACCGAUGGAAAUCCUGAGUCGUGUCACAGUAUACCACUUUUAAAUUGUAAUAGGGUAGUUUUCAACUAGUCAAAUCAGUUACUUUUUACUAAACUUCAAAAUACGAACUUACUAUGGAAUUUGUACGAAAAAGCACACUGUGACGUCAUAGAAAAACGUGACAAAAUGUCCCACUUAAUAUACAAAAAAUCAUAAAUAAGUUAAAUAGAAAAAAGAAAACGUUUUUGUCGGUUUUAGAUUUAUUUGGUAAUCGGAAUUUCAUAAUUUAUCUUUGACAUAGGAAACUACCCUAUUGUGGAAAUAAAUGUUCCUUUGGUCGCGAUACAUAAUUAUAUUUUAUGGUUCUAAAUGUCAGUUCAAUGUCUAUCGAUGUGUAGAUUCAAUAUCAAAUAUCUAUAUAUAUAUUUUAUUGGAAAGGAGAUGGACUCUGGUUGCGGAACUUGAAACUGUAGGAAGGUUUCCAAAGUUGUGUGGGCAUUCUAGGACUGGUUGAUAAAGGCACAAAAAGAAUAAUUUAUAUUCGGUGUUUCUAUCUUGCAAGCUUUUACCAUAGGAUAAAGAAUAAUACAUACUACAGACGUCUGUGUUUACCCAAGACCUAGAAGGACUUACAUUGAUCAAAUUGGAGAUGUCCUUAGAAAAGAUUUAGUACGAUCUACUCCAGCGUUGGUUUUCAGUCAUUUCCUGUUCCCUUAGUAAACUUGGGACCUUUCAAACUGCGUGUAAAUUAUUCUUAUUGAUUGUGGUUUAUCUGUCAGUGCCAGCUUCCGUAUAAAGAUGCCCAUGCUUCUUAUUCAGUUUUAUUCCCCUCGUUUUUGAUAGGGGAAUUUUAGUAAUCUAUAUUAGUUGUUAACCUAUUCCCAUUUAAAGUCCUGACGGACAAAACGAUUCUCUUUUUUCAUGAAGAGAGACGGAACUACCGUCUAAUUUUAUUUUAAGUUAUAACUGUCAUUUUCUUAUCCGCUCAAAAAGAAAGGGACGGGUAAUAGACAGGCGUAAAAUGUAUGGAACACAUCGGAUAAUUACCCGACAGAAUUAAGUUGACAGCACAUGUUAAACGGGUUGCAUACCAGCGAGAUACCUAUUUGAUUCGCUCGGUUUAUUCAUUCAUUAAUCUUCCGUUUUAAAAUUAACAGUUGUCAAUCCUCCGUCCCUUUCCUUUUCGGCGGAUAAGAAAAUGACAGGUAUAAUUUAAAGUGAAAUUACGUGUCUGUAGGAAUCAGGGCCAAAUGUGUCAUUUUAUUGUCUAUUUUAUAAGUUUUUUUUAAGACUUGGAUAAGUCAGAGAAGGUUACUUAUGUAGCUCGGUCCUCUUGUUUAGAGGGGAUAUGUCCCUCCGCAGAGGGAUGUAACGACGAUUAAGGGUAUAGCUAUUAUGCUAUGAAGUCUGGUUUUUUAUUUAAGCGUUCAUAGCGGAAUUCGAAAGAGACGUAAGCGCCAAUGAAAAAUCAUCCCGAUAAGAUUUUCUCCGACAAAACCUCGAUUGUUUUCAAUUAAUUUCAAUUCGGAUAAAAGUAAAGACCAAAUUUUUACCUGGAUUAAAACUAGCCUGUCUAUUGCGAAGUUUUGUCAACAAAAAUCACACCCGAAUGUGAUUUUUCAAAAUGGCGCCUACAUGGUGUUCAUUAUAAGGAGAAGGUAUAAUUCUAGGGGUCUAAAAAGUUCGUAAUGUUGCAUUAAUUCAUCUAAGAAAGCUAUAUUGCUAUUCGGCAUUUGUUGAAAUUACAGUGGUCUUUUUAGAUGAAUUGUGUCGACGUGACGCUUUUAAAGAACUCGACAUUAUAUUAUAUGCCUUGUUUAUCGUCGCUUAAAUAGAAAUCCAGACAAAUACUUCUCAAGUAAACUAUUUAACAAGGAUUGGUUGACAAUGAACCGGACGGGAUAUUUCGAACGAAUAAAUCAAGGGGUUUUUCGAACGCUAGAAUAAGGUGGCUUGUUGAAAGUUAUUUAGGAAUAAAGAAAGGUCUUCGGAGGCGCAAAGAAGAGAUAAAAAAGAAAUUUUUGUAAAUAUUUUUUUAAAGGAAAAUUUUGAGGCGACGAAGAGGUGUUAGACGAAAUUUUUUAACGUAUAUUUGAAAUUUUUGCAAAUACUGAUAGGGCUUUAAGGUGUAGUUAUUGGGGUGUGCUUGAGUGUGGGAUGUGCUUGAAACCUAAGUUUAUUAUUGAUACUAAGCGUUGUUUUUGACUUAGCCUGUACACGUUAAAAUCGCGCGAUUUUUGUACACGCUUCCAUACUAACCGAAGUGUUUGAUUAAACCGCGCGUUUUUGGUGAAAGGGCUUUAAUUCCAACAUACUUAUUUUACUUAGUAUUUUAAGUCGGAAUGUAUCUUAUCUAUGUCCCAAUUACGGUAGUCAGAGGAACAUCCAUCGUAAAAUGAACUAAGUACCCAUACCUCACCGAGCUUUCUAUUAGUCCAACGUGAUAGGUGGUGAGCCGUAUCGACACUUCGUUUUUGCAACGAUGUUUCUUACGUUAUACAUACAUAUAUAAACUCACGCCCGUAAUCCCUAAUGGGGUGGGCAGAGCCACAAGUAAUCAAAGACAACUUGCAGCCACUUUUGAUACCAAGUCCCAAGAUGGAUAUGAUGAGGGAUGGGUGUCCUUGAGGGGUGUCCUUGGCCAUAAGAUUCUUAAAUUAUACUGUCAGUAAAAAAAGUAUGUUGGAUAAAUAUGACAUAAGCUCACAACUAUAUUCCUGUGUGGGGUAUUCAGAGGUUAGAGGAUCACUUUUUUUAUAAAACGUGCACGGAAAAUACAGGCUUGUGAUUGGUCGAUCUACCGACCAAUCAGAUUCGUGUAUUAAUUAUUCAAACCGUUUAUAAAAAGAAUCUUCUAAACUGUUCCAAAUAAGUCAUUUUAAUAACUUUUUUACUAUUUUACCUUUUUUAUUUAUGUAUAAAUAAAUAAGCCCAAUUCUACAUUUAUUGUAAUUAAUUGUUUUUGGAAGGAGUAAUUUUUUUCAAAGGACGCGUAUCAUGGAAAUUGUGAUUGUUGAUAAAAGAAAUUGUUAUUGAUUGAUUGCGGGAGAUGUCGCCAGUGGCUGAGUUUCAACGUUUUGAUGUUUCAAGUCGGUGAACUGAAAUAAACAUGGAAGCAGUUUUAUGGCUCAAAAAUGACGCAACGAAAAUCGUACCGCGGGGGCGGGGCUCAAAAUCAUACCGUCAGUGUAAUAAGUAUUAAUAUGCCACUAUGGCCUUUAUUGCUGUGGUGUAUAGGCGCGCGCCUUUUGUUACUUAUUGCGGGCUUAGCACCGUAAGCACGCGACUCUUUCUCGCCGCGACAGAGAUCGUCUGUCUCUUUCUGUGCAGUACUGUGAGAGAGUGACGGGUGACGUAUGUCGAGGCGAGAAAGAGUCGCGCGCUUACGGUGCUAAGCCCGCUUGUCAACUUAUUUACGAAACGGCGAAAGUCGCUAAGCACAGACAUUUGUCUGUGAGAGACAUAAAAUCAAUAUCAUUAACGUGUGUUUUGAAUAUUAUUUUGCUACUGUGAGUGUUUUGUGUGAGUUUUGGCGUCAAUGACCAACUGAAGCGAGUGUGGAGUGACUGCUGCCAUGUUUGUUACUGUUCACCGUCUCAAGUGUAUUGCUGGGCUGUGUUGGGCGGUAUUUACUGGUGUUUCAUCGGGGUAAAAAUUCAAUUCAAAUUCAAAAGGUAACAUAGUUACAAUUUGGAUCGUCAUUUUUUACAUAACGAACAUCUCCGCCGAAAACGAUUGCAGCUUCUUACAACCUGUAUACCUGCCAGGGAAAAGAAGCUGCAAGGAAAACCUCCGCAAAGGGCGUAGACGUUCCUUAAAAAGAUACAAAAUAUUGUUAUACAAUUUAGUAAUUUGGGUGCCUAAUAUCAGCUUCCAGACACUAAAUCCCAUGCAUUCAUAUGUUCUGUUUAAUUACAGUCUUAAAACUGUUCCAAGGUAAAUUCUGAAUGUCAAUGGGAAUCAUAUUGUAACGCUUUUGUCAAAGUAUUUCGUUUUCGAAGGAAAACUUACAAGGAGAAAAGAGUCUGACUCUGUUUUGCAACUCGAACAGACCAUGUUUGCUAGCACUAGCCUUUGGUGAGAGCCCUCAGCGCUCCCUAUUUGUCCGGCCAAGUAGUUGAUGCAUUCUGAUGCAAGUCGUGACAAGUUAAAACAUCGCCUUGCAACUUGAAGGGAACCAGCCAACCAGACCUAUUACAGGUUAGUGGUCUUCCAGAUCAAAAAAGACAUUCUCGUUAGUGAAAAAAUAUAAUUUGUUUCCGAACAUUUUACCGCACAGUCACAGUUGCUUCCAUAAGAAACUGGACUUGUCAAAUCUUCAGGUUAGGUAAGCGGACGGGAGAUAAUGAUGAAGGUCGUUGACUGAUUAACUCAUCACAAAAUCUCAGAAAUUACAAAUGCUAGGCGUCUCGAACUUUGCAUUGGAGCUCCUCUUAGGACGUAGAUGCUCAUUACGACGGGAUUUUUGGAAAUCCAACCCCAAAGGGAGUAAAAAGAGGUGGCAAAGUUGUUAACAAUGAAAUUUUUACCCCACAAGCACCAGAAAAUUACCAAACAGAACUCAGUAGUUACGCAAUGAAAGCCGUAUUCUGUCGAGCUUAUAUUCGUAUCUGGAAUGUAAAUAUUAGUAGUACAUAUAUGUUGUUCAGGCGUGGCCGCUACGUCGGUGGGGCUGAGUGGAGCGGGGGUUAGUGGAGCGAUUGGUGGGGCAAAGAUUUUACAAUACAUUAAUUACACUAAAUAGUGCCCAGUGUUUUGUCACAAUCAUACUUUAGAAAUUUGUCGUUACAUGAACCAUGUCAGACUCUAGGGUUGAUGAGGUUGGUCAUUGAACUCUCAACCCUUGAGGGAAGAACCUAUACAGGAGCCCACAUUGAUUUACCACUACCGUAGAUUGAACAUCAGCGCUCAAAAAGUGGGACGCAAAGUUACUGUUAAUAUAGCUACGUUGACAGUACUUUACCUCAGUGCGCGAUUAGGCGCCGAACUGGAAACACGGGGAAGUGCGUGUUAAAAACUUGCAAAAAUAGAAGCUCGAAGCGAAAAAAGUAGGAUGGAACAUUAUAUUUCUAAUGAGUAAUGACAUUAUGCACGUUAUCAUAGUAUAAAUUUUAAACCAAAAUUAUUAUUUUAGUUUAAAAUACACUAAAACAAGUACUCCCGGUCAAUCCGAGUUACAGUAUAACCCGACCGUGUUACGAAGCACCACGCGCUAAUAUACGUAAUAAGACGAUGCUUACUUUUUUAAUUUGAUACGAUUUGAUUUGAUAAUUUGAAUUUAUAGCUAAACAAGCGCUCAGUUUUCGCCGCAUUUUCGUAUCAAGCGCUGUAUCUACGGUAGUGGUAAAUUAAUACAAGCCCAUAACAGCAUCCCGUCUGCAUCCCUGAAGGUUUAGGCAGAUGUGUAUAGUAUAUACGGUCACGAGCAUUAAUAUGUAUACACUUUGAUACCAUGUCACGUUAACUUUUUUGACAAAUUGAACUGUAUGUCUCACUAAAUGUCAAAUAUGUUAGUGCGACAGAGUCCUAAAGUGGGUACAUUUGCUCAUGACUGUACGCUCACUCCUCGCCAGCUAUGUUACAAGUCCCAUGUAAUUCGGGGCGAGCCUAUACCCCACAGCAUCCAAAAAGUAAGUCCUACUCGUUCCACUUACCACGUCCAACAAGCCUAACCUGGAUAAUAAAGAAGUUUAUACGUGUGCGGUGCUCUGAAUCAGAUAUCUUCCAAAUUCCCCAAGACUCUGCUCAGCGCCUUAGAAUUAAAGCGCGAUGGCAGACGUAGUACUGUAGCGAUAAAAGCUAUCUUCAUUGAAUGCUAACGAUCAUCGCGGUUACAAGCUAAAUUGUAUUUUAUUGCCGUGUAAAAAAAGUAGCUAUUUCUUUGAAUGAAUCUUCUGUGCAUUUUUUUUCCCGUGAUUCCCUAUUUUCGCAGUUGUGAGCUAAAUUCCACUUAAUUGCUACGUCGGAAGAGUAGCUUUUCUUUUGAUUUACUUUUCUAUACGUUUUACCCAGCCCAAUGUGUGUAUUAUUUUGGACAUCUUGGCGUAUCAUAUUUGAUUUUUUAAGGUUAAUAGUGAAAAAGCAUUACAUCGGCAAGCAUUUCACUCCUUAGACGGUAUCAUUGACCAACAACUCCUGCGGCACAGCACCCGCACCGCGCGCGGCGCGAUUUAGAAGGUUUCGACCAAUAGCCGUACGGCAUUUAUCUGCGUAGGUAGAAUUUGCUGCGUUUAUUGGUCGAAACCCUUGAUAUAUUUCGCGCCGCGGGCGACUUGGUCGCGGUGCCGCUGGCAGGUGUUACUAUAAUUAUAAAUGUAUAUUUUACGAUACCGUUCCCUGAAGAUAGUUCACUAUGCUAAUAGUACUAUGUUAAAUGAUUUAUGACAUUAUAUAUUGGUCUAUAACUCGAUGUUGUUCUCAUAGCGUAUUUUACAAAUUUUAAAUGUUUUACGAAGGCAUAAUGAAGUAUUUAUGAAUGAAUUUGUAAAUUUUCAGUCAAAGCCAAUUCUUGGACAUAUCUGUGAAUAUCAGUCUUGGUAUAAUAAAGCCUAAUUGUAACUGCUUUUGACAUUUGUGUGGAAAUACGUGGAUGUUAGUUUUAUUGGUGACAAUACAUAAAUACAAAGCCUAUAAGUCCCACUGAUGGGCACAGGCCUCCUCUCAAUCAACCGGAGGGGGUAUGGAGCAUAAUCAACCCCACCACGCUGCUCCACUGCGGGUUGAUGGAGGCGUUUUUUUACGUCUAAUAGCCGGGCCCUUACACUGCCUAUUACACAGACACAUUUUUUUCACUCACGCAAUUUUGUAAAACAAAACACCUUGAGGUGUGGGUACUUAGUUCAUAUUGCGUUGGAUGUACCUCUGAAUACCCCUUUUUAAAUGGCCACUUGACAGUUUUCGGAUAAGUAUUUAAAAAAAUAAAUAAAGACUCUUAUUUUAUACGUCUUAAAAUAUUUUAUUUUUUCGUUAACGAUUUAUAUAAUAGAAAAAAAAAACAUAUUUUUCCUAAUUAAUUUCAAAUUUCGCGCGAAAACAGUUGGUCACGUGACAUUUCGUCCAGUGACGUCACAUUUCAAUAAACAAAGAAACUGUCAAACCUGUAACCUGUCAAAUUUGAAACCUGUCAGAUAGUUUUUGUUUAUUUUGUGAAAUGUGACGUCACACGAAGCUCAGUAAUGGCCGCCCGUGUUUCGGGUCUUGUAAUACACAGAUAAAAAAAUGUCAUUCUUAUUUUGUGAACAUAAAAUAUUUAAAAAUUAUCUUAAUUUAAAAACUACUGGAUAAUUAUCGUUAAAUGAUAAACUACCAUAUCCGACAUAAUUCAUAUUAUAUUGUUACAACUGUCAAGUAGGCAAUUAAGAUAUAGUCGUACUACUGUUUAUGUUUGUGCAAUUCCGUGAAAAAUGAAACGCAAAAUGCCAUCGUAAGACCAAAAUUAUACGAUGUUAUUAUAUACAGUUUUGAGCAGAGAUAAUUAAACGCAUGAUUAUAUUCUAUUAGUUGAUAGUAGCAUUUCUUCACCACCAUCCUUAGCACUGUCUUCAAUAAAACUAACCCACUAUGUUUCCUAAAUGGUGUUGAUUCCAAUACACACUAUCUCAUUUUAUUUUAAGUUAUACCUGUCUUCUUGUCCGACGAAAAGGAAAAGGACGGGUAAUCGAUAGGCAUGAAAUUUAUGGAACACACGUCAAUUGUAUACAGAUAUUUAAAACCCUUCUAAAAUCCUACCCGACAGAAUUAAGUUGACAGCACACGUCAAGCGGGUUGCAUAUCAGCGAGAUGCCUAUUUCAUUCGCCCGGAUUUUAUAAUCUGUUGUCAAUCAUCCGUCCCUUUCCUAUUCUGCUGAUAAGAAAAUGGCGGGACUAAAUUAAAUUAAAAUUAGGAGGUGUCUGCAGGAAUCGGGGCCAAUGGUGCUAAUUCCUGUAAAUACCAUCUAAUUUUAUCUUAAGUUAUAUCUGUCAUUUUCUUAUCCGCCGAAAAGGAAAGGGACGGGUAAUCGACAAGCAUAAAAUUUAUGGAACACACGUCAAUUUUAAGCACAAAUCUAAACCAACCGUCAAAAAAAUUUACAUCCGUCAAUAACCCGACACAGUUAAGUAGACAGCACGUCAAACGGAUUGCAUACCAGCGACGUACCUUUUGAUUCGCCCGGGUUAUUCAUUCAUUUACUCAUUCUUCCUAAAAUUAAAGAGCUGUGAAUCAUCCGUCCCUUUCCUUUUCGACGGAUAUGAAAAUGACGGAUAUAACUUAAAAUAAAAUUAGGCGGUGUCUGCAGGAAUCGGGGCCAAUAUUUCCCUAUAUUUAAAUAAUAUUAUUUUAUUCCGUUUUUCAUGACAAGCCGAUAUGAAUUUUAACAUUUAUUUUUUAAUAUACAAAAUUAAAUUUAAAAGACGGUUUUAGCCGCGAGCCAUAACUUGAUUUAGUCCAGUUGAUUGUUUGGAUUGUUGAUAGUUUUAGGUUUAACAGGAUGCGGUUGGUAUUCCGAGUAGACUUAAAAUUUGUUUUAUUUUACUCAUGGUAUAAGAAGACCAGGGGCCUGUUUAAUAAAACUUACAAUUGUAAAUUACAAUGACAAUUUGAUGUACAUUGCGGAGUAUGUGAUCAUGAAUAUUUUGAAGUUUGAUAUUAGCUACGUAAUGAACAUCAAAUUGUCGUCGUAAUUUACAAUUGUAAGUUUUAUUAAACAGGCCUCUGGUAUACUCAAAACUGACAGCUAACAUUUCAAGGUUAGCCCAGCUGACGUCAUCCUGCCCUGUAUUGCCAUUUCGUAAUAAACAAAUUAACCACGGCCAAUGUUUUCAUAUUUAGUUUGCAAGGAAAUUUAAUUUAGUAAUUAAAUACAUUAGUCAGUAAUUCACUUAAUAUUGGCUUAAUAUACAUUCAUUACAGGCUGAUCACCUGAUUGUCCGAAAGUAAGACGAUCCGUGCUUCGGAAGGCACGUUAAACCGUUGUUCCCGGUUACUACUUACUGAUGUAAGUACGUAGUCGUUAUAUGAGUCAUGUCAGGGAGGGGCCUUUGGCGGCUCAAUAGUAACCCGACAACAGGGUUGAUGAGGUUGGUAAUUCACUUCACAACCCACACGAUAGAAGAAGAAGUCUUAAUAUUCAAUAAUAAAAUUUACGUCCUUGGAAUGUUGGAUAUACCGAUUUAAUAGUAACACUUACGUCAUCAAUGGGCUAGCAAUGGCGGCUUGUCAUAGGAUUGAACAUACCUGGUUUCCUUAUACCAUGAUUUUACUUAUGUAAAUGUUUUUUUAGCCGUAGUGAAUUUGACUGUUUCAUACAUCAUAAAAUCAGUUUUUUUCUCGUAUUAACUCAAAGACCGAGCUUAAUUUGUCGACCCCUUAAAAAAAAAUGGAAAAAUAUUUUCUUCAGGCGAUCAACGUUCGGAAGUCUGGCUACCAUAUCUUUAAAAAACACAUUAUACCGGGUUCUUCGAGAGACUCCGCCGUUCAUAACGCAGUAAGCACCUGGUACUUUGUGUUUUAAUUAUGAUAAUAACCGCAUAAACCUCAACCAAUGUACCAUAUCUUUGUUUUUCGGAAUUAUUUGUGAUUUAUCAUGUUUGGAAUCUGUCAAAUUAAUUACGGCUAAUUAUUCGCUAAGGCCGAUUUUAUAAACUUCUAUAUUUAAAUGUUAUAAUUUUUUAACAACGGCAACACUCAUAAGGAUAAUAAAAAAGUCGGCCUUUUUUGUACAAAAUAUAAUUUGGAUAUAGUGUUUGUGAGUUCGUUAAAAGUUUUUGUGAUCGCUCAAGUGAUUGUGUCAAAUGUAACCUUGUAUUUGCUAUCGACGCCAUCUUGAAUUAGCUGAGCUGUAGCCGCCAUUUUGUCCAGUGCUCUGCCAUGAGGCCUGGAUGUGGGAGAACCAUGCGCAUUGGAGAAACACAAUCCGUGUUUGACAUGCCAAGGAUAAGGCAUGGACGCACGCAUUUGUUUAAAUUCAAGGCCAGAAAAGUUUGAAGAAGGAAUAUUGUCUCUUUGAUGCGAACAGCAAAAGAGCUGUCUGCUGUUCUCUGUUUUUCCAUGUGAAUGGGCAUUUGUUAGGUAAGCGUGAUCCACGCUAGACCACAUUGACACUUACCAUCAGGUGAGAUUGUGGUCAAUCGCGAGCCUAUAUUAUUCAAAAAAGAAAUGUGAGUAGAUUAAGUCAGAGAUUUAGUUCAGCUCAGUUUUAUCAAGAAGUCAUUAUGUCUUGGUGUCAAUAGCAAAUAUUAGGCAGACCUUUACUAAUAGACGUUAAUUUAUUUGAGACAACUUUGUAGUUGUAUAAGUAUUCAAUUUUGCAUAUUUUGAUUACCAUGUUAAAUUGAUUUGUUUGUGAAAAUUCUUUUAAGUGUUUUUUACGGAAAAGGUUUGUAAUGAUUUGGUGAUUUUUAUUUUUAAAUUAAUAUGUUAAAUGCGGACAAUAACUAAAAAAAGGAAUCGUCGAAAUUAGUUUGAUUUUACACUUUAAUGGCAAGUGUCUAACAAGACAAAAUUGUAAUGAUUAGCUAGUAUUAAAAAUAACCAAUAUUUUUAUUAGUUACUUUAGAAGUAGCUGCUACUGUCGGUGUAUUGAUUUUGUUAUUUAUUUUAAAACAUGGCUGUUGAGUAUAGAUAAGUUCCCAGCACAUGUGCGAAAUGGUCAGCUGAUGACGUAAAAAAGAAAAAAUAAUAUAUAUACAGACAAAUUAAUCGGCGGAAUUAUCCGAAUUCCACUUGCUUUAAGCAUCUUAUAUGCUAGUUUAUAAACUGGCCUUUCUUUAUUUUUGUUUACUUUUUUAGUAUAGACAUACGUGAAAUCUUACUAUCUAAGCCUUUUCGGGUUGGCAGUAUUUUUUUUAAAAUAGAAAAGGGACGUAUUGAAUCAUUAUAGUGAAAGAUAUACCUUUCGCACGUACAGAUAAUCUGUCAUUUUCAACAGGUCAUUUCCAUCCACGCAAACUAUUUAUUUUUUUUAUUAACCAUAACAUAAUUGUAAUGUUACAUUAAAUAAUUCAUAAUACAAAAUCGGCAUGUCAUAUGUUACGACCAUUUCGCCAACGCAUCCCGCACACUUGAUCUCUCGCUUCAUAUCCGCGGUUACUCCACGCCCUGAUCUGAUUUAAAUGUUAAACAAUUGUAUAAUAUAUUCAUGCUCACUACGCCAAAUGUUACGUGCACUUCGCGUGUUAUUUCAAAUGUUACGGCGAAUUCGCACGAAACCGACGGACAUGUCUUCGUGUUACUUACGAGCUUAGAGCUUGCUUUUUUAUGAAUAACAAAACUUCACAAAAUUAAAUUUAAACUUUUUGUUAUUCACAAAAAAAAAAGACUAAAUAUUACGUUUGUUAACAUAGUGAGUUACCUUUACUGUAACACUGAAUAUAACACGCGGUAAAUAACAUAACAUUUCGCGAAGUGGACAUAACAUGAUGUGUGUAUGAGAAGUGUUGUACAGAAUCUAGUUAAGAAUUAUUGUGAGUCGACUGUGCAACUAUACAGGCGAUAUAAGGCGACCAAUGAUGAAAAAAAAACCUUUUUAAAUGAAUAGUUUAGUGAAAAUUGAGCAAGAUGCCAACUGCUAACUCACCAGGUAUGGUUGGACAGGAUGACGAAGUAUCGUGUACCAAAUAAUAUAGAAAAUUAUAGAAAAUA